GCAUGUUAAAGUUUAGUUUGCAUAGUUGGUUUAAAACAAGCUUUUCCCACUUAUCCCACUCCCUACAAAUGUGCUUCUAUACACUUUUUUCUACCCUUCAUUCAUAUAUAAGUGUUUCCUCCCCUAACAUCUUAACCAGCAUUUGGCAACAAACAAACUAGAAGCAAAGAAAUUCUCCCAGAAAUGCGUGGAAAAGCAAGCAUUUUUCUCUGUUUCUUGAUUGUAAUCAUGGAUGUUACAGCUGGGAUUCUUGGCAUUGAAGCUGAAAUUGCACAAAACAAGGUUAAGCACCUGAGAUUGUGGAUAUUUGAGUGUAGAGAACCAAGUCAUAAUGCUUUUAUGCUUGGGUUAGGUGCAGCAGUGCUUUUGGCUCUAGCCCAUGUUAUACUCAAUCUGAUAGGUGGCUGCAAUUGCCUCUGUUCUCAAGAGCUUCAAAAAGCUUCUCCCAACAGACAACUCUCAAUGGCUUGCCUCAUUUUAACUUGGAUUGUGUUGGCUGUUGGAUUGAGCAUGCUGGUGAUAGGGACUUCAUCAAACCACAAGUCAAGAGGUUCAUGUGGCUUCACACACCAUCACUUCCUCUCCAUUGGAGGGAUUCUGUGUUUUGUUCAUGGCCUGUUCUCUGUUGCUUAUUACGCUUCUGCCACUGCCUCGAUUAAUUAGUGAUUAAGAAAACAUCUAUUACUGGAGGCCACUUCUGCUACCUUUAGUGCUUUAGUGCUUUGGCUUUUCUAGAUGUUUUGCUUUACUGAAUUUGUCAUGACAUUCAAGUUAUUUGUACUAACCAAAAAAUGAAAAAUAAAAUGCAACCAUUUUGAAUGAA